GACGGGUCUCCACAGAGAGCGGCGCGAACCUGCGGGGGGGGCGUGGCCUCGCGAGGGGCGUGUCCCGCGGGCGGGGCCGUGCCCGCGCGGGGCGUGUCGCGGCGCUCCCUGUCCAUGGUGCGGGCGGUGGCGGCGGCGCGGCUGUCCCCGCGGCGGGAGCGCUGCGGCGCGGGGCUGCAUGGACGUGAUGUCCCCGCAACAGGAGCUCCUCGGCCCCAGCCGCUCGUCCUCCGUGAGCUGCGAGAGCAGAGGCUUCGCCGCCGCCGCCGACAGCAAGAAGAAAAUGAAGAGUUUGGCCCAAAGACGCCAGUCUGCACCGUCUUUGAUCUUUGUCAAAGCACUGAACAGAUCUAGAUCGGUCUCAAGGGAAGGCUGCUUCUCCCCCAUCAGCCCGGAGGCAUGUCCCCUUGUGCAGUCUUUCAUGUGCCACAACCGAACGUUCAUCCUGGACGGCCAUGUACAGCUGAAGACAGGUCUGCAAACCCAGGAACGACACCUUUUCCUCUUCACAGACCUUCUGGUUGUUGCCAAGUCCAAGUCGCACUCUCAUUUCAAACUGAAGUGCCAAGCACGUCUCUGUGAGAUGUGGACAGCAUUUUGUACAGAUGAAGUCUGUGAAGGCAGCACAGACCCAGAGAGAUCCUUUGUUUUAGGCUGGCCCACCACAAACUGUGUGGCAAAUUUCAGGUCUGCAGAGCAGAAGGAAACAUGGCUAUCUUUUUUGCAAAGUCGAAUAAGAGAAGAGAAGGAAAAAGACUAUCCCAAAAGCAUUCCACUGAAGAUAAUUGCAAAGGACAUGGGAACUUGUGCAUACUCAAAAACCCUAAGUGUAACCAAUGUUGAUACAGCAAAUGAUGUAAUUCUGAUGGCCCUGCAGCAGCUGGGAAUUUUCGGCUCUGAAAAAGACUACAAGCUGUGGGUGAUUUCAGGAAGAGAAGAUGCUCCGUACCCUCUUAUUGGACACGAAUAUCCCUUUGGAAUUAAAAUGAGCCACAUUCGCGAUGCCAUGCCCCAUGGAUCAAAGCACUGUGCCUGCCCCAGGCAGCUCCAGGGGUCCUUCUUGACAGAGCAGCUGCCCCAGGAGCUGCAGUGCCAGUUUGUGCUGAAGCCAAGCCGCCUGGCUGUGUCCCAGCAGCUCAACGACUUAAGCCAGAAGUCAUGUAAAAGGAAAAGGUCUAUCAUAAAUUGGGCUUUCUGGCGUGGCCCAGGCACUCACUUGGACAAUGCACCCCUCUCCUCAACAUCUGCAGCUCCUGGGAAGCUCUUUGGCCUCUUGCUAACAGCCAUCUGUGAGGAUGACAAUCUGCCCAAACCUCUCUUGGACAUGCUUUCCCUCCUUUACCAAGAGGGCCCUUCUACUGAAGGUAUUUUCAGACGUUCUGGAAGUGCAAAAACCUGCAAAGAGCUCAAGGAGAAGCUUGAUUCAGGCGCUGAAGUGGACCUAGCCUGCGAAUCCAUAUUUGUGACAGCAUCUUUGUUUAAGGAUUUUCUUCGCAACAUCCCAGGCAGCAUUUUAUCAUCCCAGCUCUGUGAUAAGUGGGUCUCUGUGAUGGAUCAAGGAAAUAAUGAAGAGAAGAUAAAAAGCAUUCAAAGGUUAAUAGAGCAGCUCCCCAGAGCUAAUGUUGUUCUCUUGCGUUACAUCUUUGGAGUACUGCAUGGUAUAGAAAUGCGAUCGGAAGAGAACCAGAUGAAUGCAUUUAAUCUGGCUAUCUGCAUUGCACCUAGCCUGCUCUGGCCUCCUAUUUCUUCCACCCCUGAUAUAGAAAGUGAAUUUACAAAAAAGAUUUCUAGUCUGGUACAGUUCCUCACUGAGAAUUGCUGCAGGAUAUUUGGAGAGGAAAUUACCUCCCUCUUUGGAGAAAUACUGAUGACGUGCAAGAGAGAGAACAGCUCAGAUGCUGCUUCUCUCCAUCUGAAUGACUCUUCCUACGACAGCCUGGAAAACGAGGCGAAUGAUGAAGCUGACUCUUCUUCGAGUGACUGGAUUAAGAACCGAGAUCAGGAUAACAGGAGCAGGGAGUCUGUCUUCACUCUGAGCGAUGGCGAUUCGGAGCAGACGGAGGUGGAUGAAAUCCAAAGUAAAACCAAAUCGAAGCAGUUGACCAUUUCUGUUGAUGUCCACCAUAAGUUUUCAUCACAGGAGAACUCAGAGAAUGAGUCUCUCUGCUCUAGUGCACUGGGCUUCUCUUCAGCAGCUACCUCAGGCGCUCUCAAAACCUUGAGGAGACAGAGGCGCUCCUCAGAGCCCACAAUUGGCCUCCCUGCCCCCAGCUUCGCUCGCACUGGGGGUGGUCAUGAGAAGGCAACACGCAAAACCAGCUGUGAUGUUGUCCUGUCUCACGAAGAUGAAGACUAUCUCCAUCAGCUUCGGUCAUUGCAGAUGGAAGGGCAAAAGCUUAUCAAUCAGAGCUUGAUUAUAGGGAUUAAUGUUGGUAAAAGUGACAACACAAACCAAAAUGUUGGAAAGAAAGACUUGUCCCAUUGCCUCCUGCCUCCAACGCCAGAGGGAUUGAAUAUUUGCUCAGGAUUUAGUUCUUCUAGCCUGUCUUCUCCUGGGACAUCUCCGUCUGUGUCAUCAAUGAGCUCUCUGGACAGUGCUUUCUCUCAGUUUUCAGACCAGUCUGUGUUUACCCCAACUGAAACCUCCUCCCCUUUCGAUAGCACUUUUCAGUCUCUAAAGAAACACGAAGACACUGCCGCUGGAGCGGCUGAUGACUAUUUGGUUACACCCACCAAUGUGCCACCAUCUCCACAACCUACCGACGCUUUGGCUGAGGGGUGCUUGGUGGAACCCAACUGCAGGCCAGCACCCCUGAAACCUGCCGACGGAGGUGACAGCUAUUUGAUUAAACCUGACAUUCAGCCGUUGCCUCUGAAAGUCAUGGGAAGAGACAGACUUCAUGAUCCAAGAUCAAAGAGGAGGUCUAGAAGAGCGUUACAGCAAUCCAGAGUUUGAAGAGACUGACCAAAGCUUUUUUGCAGAGGAAUCUUAACACUUAAAAUAAACACCAUAUAGAAAAUGC